UUAGGGCUGACAGCCUGCUAUAUAAGCAGAGUUUCCAAGGAGAGAAAGCUGGCAGAGACUGGGAAUUUGUCUCUGUACAGUUUGCCAUCUAAGCCCAGCUCCUGAGUCUUCCUGACCAACAAUAAUUAAUUAUGGAUGAUAUUUAUAAAGCAGCUGUUGAGCAGUUGACUGAAGAACAGAAAAAUGAAUUCAAGGCUGCUUUUGAUAUCUUUGUCCUGGGUGCAGAGGAUGGCUGUAUCAGUACAAAAGAGCUGGGGAAGGUGAUGAGGAUGCUAGGACAAAAUCCUACUCCUGAGGAGCUACAGGAAAUGAUUGAUGAAGUAGAUGAGGAUGGCAGUGGCACUGUAGAUUUUGAUGAGUUCUUAGUUAUGAUGGUCCGGUGUAUGAAAGAUGACAGCAAAGGAAAAUCAGAAGAGGAGCUUUCAGAUCUCUUCAGAAUGUUUGACAAGAAUGCAGAUGGAUACAUUGACUUGGAUGAAUUAAAACUCAUGCUAAAAGCUACAGGAGAAACCAUAACAGAAGAUGACAUUGAAGAACUAAUGAAGGAUGGAGACAAAAAUAAUGAUGGCAAAAUUGACUAUGAUGAAUUCUUGGAGUUUAUGAAAGGUGUUGAAUAAACCUGAAAUUUCUAGAAGAGCGGCCUCAGGAUUGAACAUCUCUUGUUUUGCCCUGCACCAUUUUCAUGAAUUCUGUUUUGCUUACUGUAUAUGAAGUCUUGUACUGGACAUGGUGAACAUCAGGAAAACCUGAGUCAUCUCUUAAAUGCCUUGACUGGUCAUCUUAUAGCUAUUUAUUGAGAUGAGUUCUUGUAAUUCUUUUAUUGAUAUUAGUAGCAUUGAUCAUAAAGUGUUACUUAAUGUAAAAGAAUGUGUUACUUAAUGUAUCAAAAUGAUGACUGCUUGAGCCAUUUAAGAAUUCACUCAGAAAUCUGACAUGUGAGGUAUGGCGAUCCUUUCAUAUAUCUCAUCCCCAGCCAAUGUCAGUGAUUUGUAAAACCAAUGAGAAAUACUUUUUUUUGAGAUGCUAAUAAAAUUAUUUCAAAACCUA